CGUGCAUGGCUACCUACAAUCUUCCCUAUAUAUGCACUCACAAUUUUUACAGCUAGCAUAAUAAGAACUACUCAACUGUUUUACAGUCUUCAAAUAAUCAAGAAAAUAAAAAUCAAUGGCUUCUGUUGUGGCUAGGCCUCAUUGGCUAGUCUUCUUCCUGCUGGGAAUUUCGUCAGCUCAACUUUCUCCUGAUUUCUACUCCCAAACUUGUCCACAAGUUUUUCCAGUAGUGAAAUGGAUAGUUUAUUCGGCGAUAGUGAACGAAACUCGGAUGGGCGCUUCUCUUCUUCGCUUGUUCUUCCAUGACUGCUUUGUAAAUGGAUGCGAUGGAUCGCUCUUCCUUGAUGAUACUCCUACAUUUACAGGAGAGAAGAGGGCAACUCCAAAUUUGAAUUCUGCUAGGGGUUUUGAAGUAAUUGAUGAGAUAAAGUCUAACAUUGAAAUGGUGUGCCCCGGGGUUGUCUCGUGUGCUGAUAUUAUCGCUAUUGUUGCUAGAGACGCUGUUACUAUCCUUGGAGGGCCUGACUGGAAUGUAAAACUUGGAAGGAGAGAUUCUAGGACAGCAAGCCAACUUGCUGCCAAUAACAGCAUUCCUCCUCCAACUUCAGACCUUGACUUCUUGGUUUCAAACUUCAACUCUGUUGGUCUGUCCAUCAAGGACCUUGUUGCUUUAUCUGGGGCUCACACAAUUGGACAAGCAAGGUGCACCAACUUCAGAGAUCGCAUAUACACCGAAAGAGAUAACUCGGAACCCAUGUUCGCUCAAGUACGAGCAACCAACUGCCCAAGAGAUACAGGGUCCGGUGACAACAAUCUAGCACCCCUUGAUCUCCAAUCUCCCACCACUUUCGACAACAAUUACUUCACGAAUCUCGUAAACAGGCGAGGCCUUCUCCACUCAGAUCAACAAAUCUAUAACGGUGGACCAACUGACCAAUUUGUGAGAGAAUAUUACAAUGAUCCCAGAAGCUUUGCUUCGGAUUUCGUCGAGGCCAUGAUAAAAAUGGGUGAUAUUCGGCCUCUCAUUGGUUCUAGUGGCGAGAUUCGGAGGAACUGCAGGAAGAUAAAUUGAAUCAUAAAAGUGGUUGCAAAAUUUAAGAAAAUGCAUGCAUACCGUUCUGUCUUGGUGCCUAAUACUAUUGAUGCUUACAUGUAUGAUAUAUUCGAAGUUCACAUAAGUUUUUCUUCUGCUGUUAAAUC